AAAAACAAAAAAAUCUCAUUUCUUCUUCUCUCCACUAUAUUACAACAUUUCUUCAUUCUGAAAUCAUCCAAACCAAAAAAACCUAAAAUAAAAAAGAAAGAAGGUAACAUAUACAUUAUAAGAAAAAAAUGGAUUCGAAUAGUAACAAUACCAAAUCCAUAAAGAGAAAAGUUGUAGACCAACUUGUUCAAGGCUUUGAAUUCGCUACUCAGCUUCAGCUUCUCCUCUCUCAUCAGCAACACUCUAACCACCGUCUCGUUUCCGGAUCAGAGAUGAGUGGAAUAACAGGUGCUGGAUUAAAUUGCUGGAAAGAAUAUAAAACAGUUAGUAACCAUUCUGGUGUGAAAUUGUGACCCGUCGCCGUCUCCGUCCCCAUCGCCGUCGAAGGUUCAUGGAAUGCUUCGUGCGGCGAUGAUUCGGCUGCUCCGGCUAGUUGCAACGGCGGAGAUUCCGGUGAUAGUAAGAAGAAGAGAUUAGGGGUUGGUAAGGGUAAAAGAGGAUGCUACACUAGAAAGAAGAGAUUGCAUACUAGGGUCCUGGAAGCUAGAAGUUCUGAAGACAAAUAUGCUUGGAGGAAAUAUGGACAAAAGGAGAUUCUUAAUUCCAAAUUCCCAAGAAGUUAUUUUAGGUGCACACACAAGCCAACGCAAGGAUGUAAAGCAACAAAGCAAGUUCAGAAGCUGGAGAAAAAUCCGGAGAUGUUCCAAAUCACAUAUGUUGGCUACCACACAUGCACUGCCAGUGACCAAACACAAGCCAAGGUGGAGCCAAUAGAUCACGGUAUCAUCAUGGAUUCGGACAAACCAUUGGACGCAACUAGUGCUCAGAACCAUGUCAAUGCUAAGAUACAAGAGGAAGAUAACAACAUCAGUAGUGUGACAGAGGUAAGCAUAGUGAAAGAGGAAGAAAAAAACAAUGGUGAUCUUUAUAAAGACUAUUGUGAAGGUUCUUCGACGGAUGGGGAUUUGUCAUUGGUUUGGCAGGAAUUGAUGAUGUUUGAUGAUCAUCAUCAAAACCAAUACUGUUUUGGUGAAGUCAGUACUACUUCUCAUCAUCAUUUAGCUUUCGUCGAUAACGAUCAGUUUUCCUCCUUUUUUGAUUCAUGUUCAUAGUGGUAAGUCAUCACCAGGCCUGUAAUAUUUCCACCUUCUUUUGGAGUAUGUUUAGUGAAUGUGAUAUUGUUGUUGGUACGUUUGACAAAAACACCAUAUAUACAUCUCUGUAUUCAUAUUUUGAACUGAGUACUACACAAUUUGUA